AUGCCGUUUACCGCGCUUUCUGACACUGAUGUUUCUACCCUGCUGUCCAGCCUUACCCCGGCCGACGUGGAGAAUCUGACCUCAAGACUCAACCAAGCACUCACGCGAUACUCGUGUAAUGAUGAAGUCCCCUACCAGCCACAUCGCGCUCAUGUCACCCGACCAAAUGGCCAAGUCAGCCUAUUCAUGCCUGCCACGACGCCGUCGUCCAUCGGCAUCAAGAUUGUUGGCGUCGCACCAUCUCAAGCCCCGCCUCCAGGGGAGAAGCCCAAGCCUGCGCUCAAGAGCGUCCUCACAAUCUGCGAUGAGUUCGGCCAGGCUCUCGGUGUGCUGAAUGCGGCAGAGCUGACGGCUUUCCGCACAGCGCUGGGCAGCAUGCUGUUGUACCGGUACAGAAAAUCUACAGAACACAUUGUCGUGUUUGGAGCGGGGAAGCAGGCCGAGUGGCAUAUUCGACUGGCGGUUCUCCUCAAGGGCAACGACAUUAGAAAAAUCACCAUUGUGAACCGGUCGCCGGCACGAGCCAACGAGCUGGUCGAAUCACUGGCAAAAGCAGGAGUCGCUUCGUAUAUCCGGAUUGAAGUUUUUGAGCAAAAGGAGAAUGCGCUCGAAGGUUUGGUCAAGGAUGCCGAUGUCAUGUUCUGCACUACUCCCAGCACUACGCCUUUGUUCCCGGCGUCGUACCUUGCAUCGGAAGCAAGCAAACCGCGCUUCAUCUCUGCAAUCGGGUCGUACCGUCUCGAUAUGCAGGAACUCGAUCCUGCGUUGCUUGGUCAAUUAACGGAUCCUUCUGGGCCCUUUGCGUCGCAAGUCUACAACGCCUCCAUCACUGUUGACAGCAUCAAGGGAUGCAUGGACGAAGCGGGAGAGCUGAUCAAAGCAGAGAUUGCGACGGAGAAACUGCUAGAGGUGGGCCGGAUAGAUGCAUUGAGGGAAGAUGAGGCUGUCAAAACGUGGUUAAAGGACGGGUUUGUGGUGUACAAGAGUGUUGGCGUGGGGGUCAUGGAUAUUGCCAUUGGGCAAGCUCUCAUGGAGCUGGCCAAGGAGAAGGGGGUAGGAGUGCAUCUAGAUUGUUUUUGA